UCAAGGUAUUUAUUUGAUUGGCUUGCAUUUGGAUAAAUACCAUCUUCUUCUUCUUCUCAGUCAUUUAGUUGUAGCUUUCCUUCAUUCUUGGAAAGAGUCUGUAAAUGGCACCUGAGUUUGCCAGAGAAAAAGCUUCGGAUAUGGUUCAAGCCAAAGGCUUUGCAGUGUCCAACACCUCAAAAGGAAGCUUCUUUAAGGUUCAAACCACGGUCAGGGUUUUUGCUGCUGUUUCCGCAUUGACUGCUAUCUGCCUCAUGGCAACAAGCUCCCAGACAGUUGUUCUAUUCGGCUUCACCAUUAAAGCUCACUAUAGCUACUCAUCUGCUAUGAGGUUCUUAUUUGUGACAGAUGCUAUAGUAUUAAGUGCAUCUUCUGUGCUUUCACCGAUCUUUGUUUACCAUUUGAGACGUUCGGGAUCGAGUCCCAAGAGCUUCUUCUAUCUGUUUUUGCAUGACAUGGUGAUUAUGGUGUUGGCGAUAUCCGGAUGCGCGGCUUCGACGGCGGUCGGCUAUAUCAGCCGAUAUGGAGAACAAAAAAUGGGUUGGAUGGCUAUUUGCAACCGUGUGAACAAAUUUUGCAACCAUAUGACGAUAGCCAUAGUGUUAUCUUACUUGGCUUUCUUUUCCUAUUUUGCUCUUGCUGUUAUGUCCAGCUGCAAAGUCAUGUAUCGAGACAAUGAUGAGUACGGAAGCAAUGAAAGGCAAGCCUGUCCUUGAAGACAAAUCAUCUGUUUUAAGAGGGUUAGAUGUUGUUUCUUUAGAAAAUUACAUUGCUAGUAGGAGGUAAAACAUUUUUUGUUGUUCAAACUAAAUACUUUGUCUUAUUGUUAUACUCUGAUUAGAGCUUGUAAAAUGUCCUUAGGACAACUUUAGCAAUGGUAGUAUGCAGCAAGAUCUUCUGAGAUUGCUGUAAAAAGCCCCACGUUGGACUGCGUGUCGCCAGAACCUUAGUCAUCACGUCUUAAAGGUAACUGCAUGGAUUGUUUGCUUGGAACAAAAGCAAGCUGAUUCCAUUGAUCUUAAACAACUGGGUUAUAAGGUUCACCAUCAAAUACUAGCUCUUAACAAUCAUUCAUUGCUUGUGUCUGUCUGUCUUUCUGUACAAGGUAAGCUUGUAUAAGAAUAAAGAUACAAUGAGGGAAAAAAGACUGUAAAAAAUGGUUUCAUUCUGUUUCAAUCUCAUCUUCACAGUCUUUGAGAUGUUC